UCUCUGUGACUUGCUUGCGCUCCGCAGACAGGAGCAGAGGAGAGAUGGAGUGCGUGUAAACGGGUGCAGAAGAAGAUCACAUGAAGAGCGGAUAAAAAGCCAUGUUCGAUCCCAGAAAAUAGAAAGCCACCCUCACGGAAACAACACCGGGACCCUCUCAGAGACCCACCCCCCCGCCAUGAAAGCCGUCCCGCAUUGAGGUGUUGUCAAGAGAAAGAGGCCGAGUAACAACAACAACAACAACAACAACAACAAAGCUCCAGCCUCUCCUCGUGGGUUGGCAUGGCCCAGUGAUGAACGGCGCGGCGGUGCCCGGUAGCCCGGAGCUCUCCUCCUCGUGCCCACUGCCAGACUGGCGAGAGUUCUGUGAGCUCCACGCUCGAGCCUCCGCUGCAGACUUCGCGGACAAGUUCCAGCGCUUCCUGUUGGAGAACCCGUGCUACGACUCGCCCGGCGCCGAUGCCAGCUUCUCGCAGCACUUUGCCCACCACUUCCUGGAGUGCUUCUCGGCAGCGCUGACCCAGGCCCGGGAGAUCCAGGCGUCCUCGCCGGGGGAGGACGGCUCCAGCGCAGCGACCAAGUACAGCAUCGUUCCUUUCCUGGGGAUCCAGGGCUGCCCGCUGUCCUACGGUCAGGACCUGUACCAGCGACGCAAGGACGCCGGGGCUUCGAGUGAAUCCUUGGAUAGCAUGGACAGUGGGGGGGGAGGGAUGGAUGCCUCCCGAGGCCCCCAGCCGACCCACAAAGUGUCUGCUCUGGGACAGUCGCGCAGCUCGGAGGACGUGUCGGUCAGUCACCCAAAGGCUCGCUUCAAGAAGGGCUUCUCCCUGAGGAACAUGAGCCUCUGUGUGGUGGACGGGGUGAAGGAGAUGUGGCACAGGCGGGCCUCCCCCGAACCCGACGGGCCCUCUGGAGCCAGGAGGGCUAACGGUGGAGGAGUGGGAGGAGUGGGAGUAGGAGGAGGAGGAGGAGGAGGAGGAGGAGGGGAGGCUGCAGGGGGGGAGAAAUGGUCCCAAAAGCUGCGGCUCCCCAGAGGCUCCCAGGGCCACAAGGCAGAGAUGCUGGAGAUCCAGCGGGAGGGAGCGCUGAGAUACAUGGUGGCUGAUGACACAAACUGCGUGGGCGCUGCACAGUGGCAGAAGUGCCGCCUUCUGCUGAGGAAGACGAGGAGGGAAGAAGGGGGUGAAAGGUUCCUGCUGGAGUUCUACGUUCCACCAAAGUCCUCGAAGCCCAAAGUGAGCAUCCCUCUGACGGCCAUCGUGGAGGUGAGGACCACCAUGCCGCUGGAGAUGCCCGACAAAGACAACACUUUUGUUCUUAAGGUGGAAAAUGGGGGAGAGUACAUCCUGGAAACCAUCGACUCGCUUCAGAAAAACUCCUGGGUCGCUGACAUCCAGGACUGCAUAGACCCGGGUGACAGCGGCGACGACAUCGAGCUGGCGUCGUGUCCUAAUGGCCAGGCCUCCAAAGACUGCUCCAUGGUGGCCUCCUGCAGCUGCGAGCUGCUGUCCGAGGGUGUGUAUCGUGCUCCGGAGAGGACGUGUGCUGCAGCAGCAGAGCAUUACGGCGCACCCAUGUUGCGUUGCAGGGAACCCCCCUUCACCCAGCACCCGUCCCACAUGCCUUUGGAGCGCUUCCUGCAGUCCCCCGAGGCUCAGGCCUCCAACUCCUCUGCAGGUGGCGGUGAAGGAGUGAAAGAGUCCGAUGGCGACGCCAGCCUGGCGGGUUACCCGUGGUUCCACGGUACGCUGUCCCGCGUGCGCGCCGCUCAGUUGGUGCUGGCGGGCGGGGCCAGAAGUCACGGGCUCUUUGUGAUUCGUCAGAGCGAGACGCGGCCCGGCGAGUACGUUCUCACCUUCAACUUUCAGGGCAAAGCUAAGCAUUUACGCCUCUCAGUGAAUGAAAACGGGCAGUGCCACGUCCACCACUUGUGGUUCCACACCGUGUCGGACAUGUUGAGACACUUCCACGCUCACCCCAUCCCCCUUGAGUCCGGAGGCUCUGCUGACAUCACGUUGCGCUCCUACGUACAAGUGCAGCGAAGCUGCGGCACAGAUGUGACCGGCCCUCCGGCUCUCACCCCACCCAGGGAAGCAGGCUGCUGGACGGAUUCCUCCCAGCCAGCCCUCCACCCUCCUGGGAUCACAGCGCCUGCAGGGCCCCCUCCUGAUGUGCCGCUCUCCUCCAGCACCUCCUCCUCGCCCACCGCUCUCCCCUCCCUGUCCCGCAGUGACCCAGGUACUGGAGGAGGAGGAGGAGGAGGGUUACAGAGCAGGAGCAACAGCUCUGAGCGCCUGCUGGAGGCCUCCAGUGGUGGAUCUGACGACUACCACGACGCCGACGGGACUCGCAGGGCUCGGGCAGUAGAGAACCAGUACUCUUUCUACUGAGGGGCCCGGGCCGGGCGGUCACUAUUGGAGGUGAUGAUUUAAAAAACGGUCCAAAUCACUGCAGCGCCCCUUGUUUUGUUUGUUUGUUUUGUUUUGUUUUUCUUCUGAGGCAGUUUCCUGGUUUCUAAUUUGACAAUAGAGGUGAGAGCGGUCCUUCGUUUCCCAGCUCUUGAGACUGUGAGUGAGCAGCGAAACAGAAGUAAGAAACGUACAAAAAGUGGAAAAUGCAGCGGCGAAGAUGAGUGGGCGGCGAAAGCGAAAGGAAGUGGAAGGAAGUCCAGUUGAGUCAUAUGGCUUUGAUUCAUCACAUCUGACCACUUCCUGUUCACCCUUACCCACAGGGAGCAGAUUCUCUGUCACCGCCCUACUGAACGACAGUUUGAAAUUACCCUGAAAAAACACUCCCUCCCCUCAGAGAUCCUCCGGGCUCCCAAGAGCCUCCCGUUAAUGUUUGUAAAUCUGCUUUGAGUCUGUCCCGGAUAUCCUAAAUGUCCCUGCAGGGUUUCCUUACAAAGUCCCGCUCUGGCUUUCUAACAUGGUGGGUGUGUUGGUGUCAGCUCAGAGGUGUUUUUCUUAAACUGUAUACAGCCAAAAGGGUCUAAGUGCCUGACAGUUACCUUGGACCUGAAUAGAUUGUUGCCCAUGGCGACAAGGAGGAUGGUGUUAACAUCUGGCACAAUCACAAAGGCCCAAACAAAUGAAUGCAGGUGAUCACUUUACCGCCAUUUUCCGCGUAAAAGACACUGAACAUGCAUUUCUUUGCGUACCAAAACAGUUUGGUUCUCACAGUUUUAUUGGUGGCUGCAACACACACACACACACACACACACACACACACAAGGGGUCAUAUGUUGUGGUAGAAAUCAGUUUAAAAGUGUUGAUGUGGAGGAUGAACAACACAAGUUCAGUGUGUAUGAAUAUGUCCAGGUGGCUCCCGUUUUGUGUCAUACUGGGCUACUUCUAUGAGUGCGUGGUGGUGUAAUAGAGUCAAAAUAUUUUUCAAUGAUCGUGUGCUGCAGUAGUGUUUUUAAACCGUGGUUUUUCGAGGUCCCUCCUUCUGGUGCUGGUUCUGUAUUGAAGCUUAUCAUAUCAAUAACCUGUAGAUUAGAUAUGCUGUUACUAUAGUUCACUUUGAAGUAAUGCCUUGAAGUUAUUAGUAAAUCCAAAUCCAGCAUUUAGGCUACUGGGGGGACUUGUUUUUUUGGGGUGGUGGCAGUAUUGUGUGCUGUUUGUGCAGACUUCAGCGGUGAGCUAACGGGAUCUAGAUGGCCAUUCUUGAAUGAGAAGAUGUGACAAUGCUGCUUUACUUUUCGCUGACAGAGUAAUGAGGUCAAACUUUGUAAGUUGAUAAAUCAAAAACUAAAAUAAAUUUCGCACUGCAAAAUAUUCACGUUACUGUAAGAAUUUACGCGAUUGUCCUGCACAUUCAUUAGAACCCAAAACAGUAUCCUAAAGUAAUCGUUGGACAUUUUGGUAAAUACACAUUCUUGCCCAGAAAUCCAUUCAGCAAAUCAAUACUACUUGCGUGUUGGUAGUAAAUAUGAAGCUAUCCUGCCAGCAGAUGGUCAGCUUAUCUGAGCACAACGACUAGAAACAGCAGGAUACAGCUGUCACGCCUGGGUCCGUCUCGUCCACCGCGUGGGAGGCGGCUCAGGAAGGUCCCUGAGAGAAAGCUCAGGGAGGCAGAGUGCUUAUUAGCCAGCUUUAGAUAUGCCAGUGGGCGCAUUUUAUUAAAACUUUCGGUCUUUGUGCCGAGCUAAACCCUCAGGCUGCAAGUUGUAGCUUCACAUUUAUUGUACUGGUGUCGUCCUCAGCAUAAGUGUCCAAAAUGUCAAACUGCAUGGUAGGCACACCUGAAAACAUGAACAGAAAUGUUUUCAGCAACUGUAUUUCAAACAUAUGCAACACUUUUGUUACGUCGGAAAAAAACAUAUCAAGAUUCAACGUCUGUCUUUUCAAGCGUGGCCAUUUAGCCGUGUGGGAGACAUUUCCGUUCGGAGGAGCGGACGGAGCGUUUCAUGUGCCAAUUUGAAUCCUAUUUUUGAAACAUAUUUAUUCCUAAACCAUGAAUAGAUUGUAAAUUACAUUUUUCCUAUCAAGUCUUAUUUAUGUACAAUUGAUUGAUUCCUCUUGAUGAAACAGCCUCAGUAAAACCCGUCCUUUGCAAGAGCCCAUAUCACAGAUUGCUCAUGCUUCCCUUUUAUUUUCUUAACACUUCUUAAAGUUUUCUGUUGUCUGACUGAGUUUUGAAGAGUCUGUACAAUUUUGUACAAAGUGAUGUACUUGACAUACUACUUUAUAUUUCUGUGAAUAAAAUGUGAAGAAACUA